UGCGAGUGUGCGACGUCCUUGGGCAGACAAGCUUCCACAUGGCGUGGAAGGAUCUGCCGGGCAAGCUGACGGCGCCCUUGCAACGCGGUCGCCGUAUUCGGCGUCGCGCCGCGCACGACGGGGCCUGCCGAAGCGCGACCAUCUUCGUCGCGGGCCUCUGCGUGGGCCUGGCGCUCACCUGCUGGCUACCACGGGCGAGGCUCCUGGACGGCGCUUCCGGACAGCGUCCGGCGGGGCUGCGCCCACAGCGGGCCGCACCGUCCUUUGGUAUUCCACGCACCCCGAUCCUCUACGACCUGAACAGCUCCGACCGUUGCGGGGCGUCGUCGUGCCACUGGGUGUCGCACGAUCUCUUGCGUCGGCGUGUGCGUCUGCUGUGCUGGGUGCUGACGAAUCCGAACAACACGGUCACCAGGGCGCGCCACGUGGCUGCCACCUGGGGUCGCCGCUGCGACCGCCUGCUGUUCAUGACCACCACCCGCAGCCUCGAGGAGGAGCUGCGGCCGUCGGUGGUGCUCAACUUGAGCGUCGCUGAGCGGCGCAACGCCCUCUGGGCCAAGACCAAGGCGUCGCUGAUCGAGUUGUACAGCGGGCACCUCAGCGACUACGACUGGUUCUACAAGGCGGACGACGACACAUACGCAAUCGUAGAGAACCUCAGGUUCUUCCUGUUGGACAAGGACCCGUCGCAGCCGCUCUACUUCGGCUAUCCGUUCCGAGUGCUCGUGCCCGCGGGCUACAUGAGCGGCGGCGCGGGCUACGUGCUGAGCCGCGAGGCCCUGCGGCGCUUCGUCGAGCUGGGCAUGAUGCAGGGCCAGUGCCGACCCGACGGGGCGGGCAGCGAGGACGCCGAGCUGGGCCGCUGCCUGACGCGCAGCGGUGUCCCGGUCGGCGAAACGCGCGACGCCCUGGGUCGAAACCGGUUCUUCCCACUGCGCAUCGAGCACUACUUCUGGCCCGAUUUGAUGCCGCUGCACUGGUGGAUUUGGCGCUACGCCAAGUACCCCAUACGACCGGGCUGGAACUGCUGCAGCGACACGGCUGUGGCCUUCCACUACACGAUGCCCGAGCGGAUGUACGUGUUCGAGUACUUCGUGUACCACGUCCGGCUGUUGGGCGGCAUCGACCAGAGGGUCUACCCGAGGCGUCCGCCGCUUCCCGAGCUGAUUCCGUGAUCAGUUCACCGCCUAUAUCUGCGUCAUGGAGGCUUCGACUGUUUAUGAGCAGGAUUAUACC